AUGUUUGGUGUUAUUGGUCCAAGUCCACUUGAUGACUUAAUAAAUUUUGACACUACUGCUUCUUUGCCAGAAGAUGUAAUGCAGGAUUAUUUUGAAGGUGUAUGCCCGGUCAUUAUCAUGGAGGUGUUAAAGGAAGCAUCAUAUUUAAAGCUGAUUACUUUUGCUGCUAUUCAAGAGAGAACAGAAAAUUUUUCUUAUGGUGAAUUAGAUGCAUCAAAUAAAUCUCCUCCUAUACAAGUUAAACAUUUAAACAAUGAUCGUAUUAAUAGAAGUGUAGCUCAAAAAUUCUAAAAACCAAUAUCAUCAUCAACAUCAAAUGAUACAACAUUGUUAAUUGUCGAUCAAAAUGAACAAGAGGUUUAUGAAGAUGAAGAUGAAUUAGCACAACCAACAAUAGAUUCAUCAUAUGCCAUAACUACUAUUACAUUAAAAAAUUUAACAGAUAAAACUCUUCCGGAUCCAUAUUUCCUGCCAACUUUGCCGAGCCAAACAUCAAUCAUACAAGAUGCACCAAAUGAAAUACAACAAAUGAAAGAAAAAGCUGAAACACUUAAAACAAGUUUUCAAAACAAAACAAUUGAUGAUCAACAUUAUCAACAGUUAUGA